GCCUAGAGAGCCAGACACAGAGCAAGAGGCAGAGGUAGGAGCGUAGCCGAGGCUGGCAGCAGAGGUGGGGAAUUGAGCCCCAGAGAGGAGGAAAAGAGGCGAUCGGGGGCUGGGCUUUGGGCACCAAGCGGCGGCAGUGGGCGCCUGCCCAGAGGAAGAAGCUUGCAGGCAGGCAGGCAAGCAAGCAGGCAGGCUGGCCGGCCGGCCUUAGCCAAACCUCCUUAAGUUUCAGAGGGGCAUUCCCUGGGAAGACUGCCCUGACCACACCCUGCCACCAGCUGCCUGGAAGAGACCUCAAGGGGGCGACACUCCACUUGUGCAUUUUAAAGAAUCUGCAAGAAUUGAGGGGAAAAGUUGGGCACAACUCAUCAACGUGAACCUCAGCAACAAGGCUAUUUGGAAGGAGUCUUGUGUGCCUAAAGAAAGACUUUUAGGAGCAGCCCAGAAGCCAGGUAACUUUGACAACAAGCUGCUCUUCGGAAACGGAAAUUGCAAGACACAAUGACUGAGAACUCUACUGCAGCACCUGCUGCUAAGCCCAAGCGGGCCAAGGCAGUCAAGAAGUCGACGGACCACCCCAAGUACUCUGAUAUGAUUGUGGCUGCCAUCCAGGCUGAAAAGAGCCGGGCUGGCUCCUCCCGUCAGUCUAUUCAGAAAUAUAUCAAGAGUCACUACAAGGUGGGUGAGAAUGCUGAUUCCCAAAUCAAGUUGUCCAUCAAGAGGUUGGUGACAACAGGUGUCCUCAAGCAGACGAAAGGGGUUGGUGCUUCAGGUUCCUUCCGCUUGGCCAAGGGAGAUGAACCCAAGAAAGCUCCAGUUAAAAAGGCCAAAAAGGAAGUCAAGAAGGCUGCAACCCCCAAGAAAGCAGCUAAGCCCAAAAAGGCUGCUGCCAAGUCGCCAGCCAAGAAGCCCAAGCCUGCGGCAAAGAAAGCCAAAAAGAAGCCCACACCUGCUCCAAAGAAAGCCAAGAAGCCAAAGACUGUCAAGGCUAAGCCAGUGAAAGCAUCAAAGCCUAAAAAGGCGAAAGCAUCGAAACCCAAAGCAAAGUCCAGUGCAAAGAAGUCAACUAAGAAAAAGUGAAGUGCAAGUUUGGGACCUUCUUUCUUGGACAUCCUUGACCUCUACUCUGUAAAUAGAUUUCUCCUUUAUUCUCUACACCUUUCUAGUGCAGCUUUAUACAAGACUGAACUAUUUUCCGCCCAUAGUAGUUUAAACCAAUUACUUAAACACCCAUCAAUAUGGACAGCUCCAUUUUUUGGCUUGGAUUUUCUUUUUCAAUUGUAAUUUUAAAGAUAUUUUUGUGUGCUCAUCUUUCCUCCCUCUUAAAGGUAUGCAAUACUUGUUUGUCUUUUAAGCAUGAGGGAAGACAGUCUGAUUGAUAGGGGAUAUUCUUAAUUUUCCCACUCCUUGGAGAAGAUUUUAGAAAAAAAAAAUGAAUAAGGCCCCUUAAAUUAUGGGUUUGAGAAACAACCAUAGUGGAAGCUCUUGGGUACCUGCAACUGAAUGCUGUAACUUGCUUUUUUUAAAAAAAGAAGAAAAAUAAGGCUAGCUUUUUUCAAGAAUGAAUAAGACUCAGCUUUGGCUGAAUGCAAGUAGGAUGGUGUGUUUUUAGCUCUUGUGAAGAUUGGAUGUGAGGUAUAUAAGCUUUCCACUACUUUGCUCUUUCAGAGGAGGAUGGUGUGCUCUUAUUAUAGGGGGGAGGGAGAUUAAAUAGCAUCUGUGAAAAAAAACUUGAUUAUUUGGAUUUCCCUCUUUAAAAGCUGUAUAGGUUGACCACAUUGAUCUGGAGAGAUUGAAGAUUUUAAUUCCCCUUCUUCCAAAGAAUUUUUUUCAAAGGCAAGUGGGGUUUUUUCUGACCACUAUCUUGGUCUUGGCAACUUCAAGGGAAGGUGUUAUCAAAAGCGUCCUUUAUUUGCCAUCUGAGUGCUUCCCAACCCUACAGUGCCUGCCUCCUAAUUCACAGCUUUUCUAUUAGAGUCCUUUAUCCACAGUAUGUACUCCCUCCCAAGUAAUCUUUACUUUUUCAGAGUGGGUCUCCUGUGAGGGAGGGAAGAACGAAUGUAGAGGGGAAUGGACAUGUAGCCAAUACUGAAUCUACUUUGGUAGGUUUAUGAAGCUGUGUAUUCUUAUUGCUUAGGUUGGGAGUGUUUUUUCCAUGGGGAAUGGAAAGAAAUAAUUUUCAGUACUCCAAUUAAAAUUAAGUAUGCUUGUUUAAACAAAGUAAAAUUCUUAUAGGAUUGAUACCUGAUUGUCCAUUUUAUUUUAUAUGUGUCAUUUUGUGGAAGCAUUUAGCUGUCUUUGUAAUUCUAGGGUUUAAAAUAAAAUUUUAAACACAAAA